AUGAUUGCCAUCGAGGAGGAGGAAGUAGAGCAGCCGGUACCCUGCGUAGGUAUCAAGAGCACUCAAGGAAUCGUCGAUGUGGUGCUGGCCAAAGACCUUACUGGGGGCCAGGAAACGGACAUCAAAGACGUGCUAGGUUACUACCGACAAUUCAUUCCGAACUAUGCGGAAAAGGCUCUACCCCUAGUCGAGCUCACCAAAAAGAAGGAGCCAAACAUGUUGCGCAGCGAGGCUCCAGAGGUGGGCCUGUCAGCUAGCCGCACACCUCUACACCAUCGUCCACCGGUCUUCCGAGGAAAAUGCCAAUGCAGACUGCUUGUCAAGACUCCCAAAAGCAACGGACAACCCCAACACAGACGCCGUCGACGAAACGUUCGCCUUCUACUGAACACCCGGCACCCGACAACAAGAGAGUCUCCGGCCCAGUUCAUGCUACAGCGGCAUGUUCGCACCAGAUUGGACCUCCUGAAACCAUCAGUUGCAGACUGUGUGGCCAGCGCACACUACCGCCAACAGUGGCAACACCCAGGACAAGAGCGGGCUUUCACUGCAGGAGACAAAGUCUAUGCCAGAGAUUAUCGAAGUGGUCACAAGUGGCAGCCAGGAACAGUCGCUGCCCAAACUGGUCCAGUGUCUUUCCAAGUGCAAGUCUCCCCGGGACGGGUAUGGCGAAGGCAUCAGGACCAGUUGCUCCGGGCACCGUCGCAAGACUCCGGACCUUCAGAGUCGCGUCCAGACGAGGCGGGAGGGGUGUCUGCCACGGCUUGGACAGACAGCACACCGGAAGACAGCGCAGGCGACAGAUACCUUCCACAGGCCUCUUUGCCUGCACCAUCCGAAGUCCCGAGGCCAAGAAGCAACACCCAGGAUGCUGAGACGCUCAUGGAUGCAGAUAAUAGUGACGGAGAGCGACGGUAUCCCGUGCGAGAUCGGCGCAAGCCUCGAAGGCUAAUAGAAGAGUGAAAAAAAAAG